AUGUUUUUGACAGGUGGUAAGUGCCAGAGAAAAAAAGGCUCAGGUAGAUGACUGUGGCAGGCUCACUGAAUACUUCCUCAAGGUACUGCCACAGUUACUGAUUAAGGUAAGAACACACACACACACACACACACACACACACAUUACGUUAGUAAAACACACUCUUUCAUGGGGACAUAUUACACCAGUGCAGGAGGGCUGGUGAUGACAGAAAAGAUGACGAUGGUAGUGAUGAUGAUAAUGGUUCUGAUAAUGAUGCUGAUGAUGGUUAGGAUAAUGACGAUAAUGAUUGUAUUGAUAUUACACUUUCUAUCCUCCUACUAGUUAAUAUCUGUUAAGGCUACUGCCACUAGAGGGCAUUACAAUACAGCAGGUGACCGGUUAUACUCCAUCUAACAAUCUCACAACUAACAUGGCUUUUGCUACAAUGGACUAACUGGUGUGCAGAAUAAAAAAAAAAAUGAAAACGAUGAUGGUUGAGAUAAUUGUUAUAUGAUAAUGAUGAUUGUGAUAAUUAUAUUCCUAGUAUUCAGGGAGCCCUGAAACUGUGGCAUCCCUUUUGAAGAUACCUCAGUACUUUCACCCAGACUCACCUAAUGCAGAAACCCCACAGGUCAGCCUACAUUGUUCUUGUAAAAGUUUAAUUGUUGUCAGUUGAUUGUGAUAUGUGAUUGUCUUACCUACUUUAGAUGAAUGUACUUGUUGUAAGUUGGUCUGGAUAAAAAGUGUCUGGUAAUUGACUAACAUGAAAAUGUUAAACAAAUACCAUAGAGAUUAAUAAGUAAAGAAAUACAUGACAAUAAGACUGGAACUUAUUUAUUAUUUUAUAUUAGUGUACUUCUCAGCAAUUACAUUGCAAUCCUGUUGUUUACAGAUUGCUUAUCUACCCUCUUAGCACCUUCUGCUGGUGAGACUAUUAAAACAGAUUUGAGAAGGAAAAAAUCUCCAGCAUUAUGCAUUCUUGUAUGCUUCACAGUACUUUCAAUGGAUCCAAAACAUAUUUUGUCAAUAGACCUUGAUCAGGGGUUAAAGUUAAACCUCCAUGAAGGUCUAUUGACCCAACCAUUUGUUUGAGAUCACCAAUGCCAGUGUGUUGUUUUACAUAUACACCCAAAACUAAACUAAAUGUCCGAACAACCCUGUUUUAAAGAGUAUUUCUCUCCCCCUUCCUCCCAGGCGUUGUCGUGCCUGCUGGCUGAGAUGGGAGCUGUUGUGGAGCGCCACACUGACCCUGCGGUGCUGGAGGCGGCUGCCCGCUCAUACCUCAGCCUGUGUGGGGAGGAAACAGCCUGGCACCCCCUGGCACGACCAGUCAGGGACACAGUGGUCCAAUGCUGGGCAGACAGACUGGCAACACUGCUGGGAGACGCACUGCAGGUAGGCACGGAGAUGCCAUGUGUAACACAUACAUAAAAAUAUGUGGUUUCUUCAGGCUGUUUUUUGAAUGCAGAGUGGCGAUUGAGUUGCCAUGUUUCUCUUCCCCCUCUUUCUCUCUUUCCCUCUUUCUUCUCAGGAUGGCAACUUCACUGCUGAUGAGGAAAAAACAGGAGAGAUUCUAUCCACGCUGAAGAAACUCACUGCAUUCCACAAGUAAGAUAAUGUGUAAAAUGUGUGUGUUUGUUUGUCUGUGUGGUGUGUUUGUGUGUGUGUGUGUGUGUGUGUGUGUGUGUCACCUACUCUUCUCUCUUGUAGUGCCCAGGACCUGUCUCGUUGGGGACUGUUUGAGCAGGUCUCUCCUCUUCUCUCAGUAGAGAUCAUGCAUGGUGGAUUACCUACACAGGUAGAGUAUAGUAUACCCUGCCCUGAGCUAUGAUCACCCUCUGUCAAAUAACAUCACACCAGUCACGACUUGCCUUACUAACACCUGAGCUCUUCCUAUAUGGAACAUCACAUAACCUUUGACCUUUACAGUACAGUUGAAGUAUUAAACACCAAUCAGGACUCACUCUAGUUGAGAACACCAUUCCUCACCACCUCUGACCUCCCUCUCUCUCCCCUCUCAGCUGACAGUGGAGGCCCUGCAGUGUGUAUGUUACUCUGUCCUCUGGAACCUCAACACCAGCAGAGAAACCCUGACCUCACGGGUGACCACCUGAUAUUACCUCCUACAGUUAGCUAGUCCCUUUUCUACAGUUAGCUAGUCCCCUUUAUUUACAGUUAGCUAGUUGCCUGUACGGUUGUACUGAAGUAUUGAAUGCUAUGACAGACAGUGUGUGUGCGUGUGUGUGUGUGUGCAGGAAAAGGCUGUAGCCCAGAGGAGUCAGAUGAGAGCAUUGUGUGAGAAGUGUCUACGUUGCCUGUCCCACAACGAUCAGAGUGUGAAGGAGCAGGUAGGACACACAGCAGCACUAUUAGUCUGAACCUUUAAAUACUUUAGCUGCACUGGGUUGAUCUUGUCUGGUGCAUUGGAAUCAAUGGAAUAGUCCCAAGAGUGUAAAUCCUUCCCAUCUGGCACAGCAGGCAGGCUCAAUGAAACGGGUCUUAACACAGGACUGCUAGCCUCCAUGUUAUUUUGUCUAAAUGGACCCGUAUGUUGUGCAUCAAUAUUGACUAGUGAACUAUGAACUUUGUUAUCCUACUAUCCUAGUGACUGUUAUCAUUUACACCCCCGUACCUCAUUCUGAUAAUUAGUGAAACUGAUAAACUAUCAGCAAUCUCUUUCCAUGAGAGAAACUGUACUAUACUCAAAAUGUGCUUUAUUAGCGCUUUAAAGAACAAACAUUAUUUUAAAUAUUAUUUAGAUGAUUAUUUCCUCUGUUUCUGCCUUUCGGUGGCUCCAGCAUGUGUGACAAUGUGCUGCUUACACCAUUGGACAUACUAUUGAUUCUACAUCACUGGUCAUGUGAUUGAUUGUAAGUCAUUGAUUGUGUCCUCAACCCCUCAGGCCUUCCUAUCUAUCUCUGUGUAUGAUAACCUCACUGACACUGGGUGGUUCAUCUGCUCUCUCUGUGAAGGGUACAACUAGCCUGAGCUAGUAUUUGUCAUGACAACCACUAAAGAGUUAGCUAAAGCAGAAACAGAUCCGACAACCACACCACGAUUGAUCUAACCUUUAUUCAACCAGACAAGUCAGUUAAAAACAAAUGUUUCUUUAGUUCUCUGAAUGUUGGCUACAUCUCUCUUCACUGGUAAACGAACUAAUAAGUUGUCUUGCUCCUGUCUCUCUGAUGGUCUGUUCCCCCCCCCAGGCAUUCCUGUCUCUGUGUGAUGUCCUGACGGCCCACAACUACCAGUUGCAGGUGUGGGAUCCCUCGUCUUACGGACCCCUGCUCUACACUCCCGACCCGAAACUUCAGAGGGCGCUGCUCGCCUUCAUUCUGGAGCACGUCUUCACUGGAGCAGAAUACGACAGCCACAGCAGGAGUGAGACCACUGACAACUCUACUUCUGAUUACUGUAGAUACUCUAUUAGAGAGAGAGCGAGAGGGAGCUUACUGCACCCCCCUCUUACCAUACCUCUACCUGACUCGCUCACCCCUUCUCCCCCAGGUCCCCAAACUCGACUGGAAAUCAAUACGAGUUUGUCAAAAGUUUGCAGGAAUGUAUUAAGUCAGGGUAGAGUGCAAUGAUGAUCAAAAACAUAUCCAUGAGACUAGAUGAGGCUAGAGAAAAUAGCACCUCUGUCACCGCUGUGUUUCGUCCUGUGCGACUUACACACUUGUACCUUUCCCCAGCAGAUGGCAGGGUUUCUCUUUGUCAGACUGUAGGAUGUACAGUAUGUCUCAGGUUUACAGUUCACUCCCUGUUCCUGUUACAAGUUAAUCAUGCAGAUAUUAAAUUCACAGCCGCAGUCGUAGCUAAUGGAUCUACACAGAGGUGCUCCUAGGCUAUACAUCGCUUCAUAUUCUCCUCCUCAAACCUGACCUAACAGUAGACUUCAAAUCCCGUAGGAAAGCCAAUAAUACACACCCAGUGCUACACAGACUCAUUAUACAGUUUGUUAUUAGUCCAUGAGAUCAUAAGUAUUUGUUAGGUGACGUGUCUAUGGAUGCUUUGUAUGGCGUUUGGAUACAUUUUUACGGCUUCCACAGUGGGAAAAGUUAUAUAAAAAAACAUGGCUAUAUUAAACAAUGUAUUUUGUGUGGGCCAUUUACUGUAUGUUGUAUUGUGUAUUGAUGGUCAAGAGGAGGCAUUAAUAAUCAAUGGUACUUGACGACAGCUUUUCUCAUGUGAAACAUAUUGCGUCCUCACGGUUCGUCCAGAUAAGUCAAUAACCGCACAGGAAGGAAUUUCUCAUCUGUUCAAACAAAUGCAAUAUGGGACUAUUGGUUUGGAACAUAUAGUAAUACACUUCUAUUGUGUUAUUUGAUUUACCUCAUGGCCAUUAUAGUAUAGACACUGUUUUCUAUUAGGUGGUGGAUUGGAGAUCAGUCUCAGGGCAAAGGCAUUAAGUUAAGUUACGAAAUAAGGGCAAUAUCUUUCCGUUAGAAAAUAGCAUUAACUUUGGUUCCCUUCUGUGAAUGUUUUAUUGUCUCUGUGAAAGAUUGAACCCACAUGGUGUCAUAACUAUAGUUGCAUGUUGUCACUUAUUUCCACCUGUUAAACCCAUUGACCUGAAACUAACUAAACCACUCUUUCCCUCUCUUGUCUGUCUCUCAUUUCCCCCUCUUUCUUUCUUUUCUCUCUUUGUUAUUUUUUUUUGCUUUUCCUCUCUCUUUCCUCCUUUUCUCCCCCUCUUCCCCUUACUCAUUUCUCUCUCUCUCUCCUCUCUCUCUCUCUCUCUCUCUCCUCUCCUCUCUUCUCUCUCUCUCUCUCUCUCUCUCUCUCUCCUCUCUCUCUCUCUCUCUCUCUUCUCUCUCCUCUCUCUCUCUCCCCUCUCUCUCUCUCUCUCUCUCUCAGGUAGUGAUGUAGAGUCUGGUGAGGGGAGGUUGGAGGAGCUCCACAGACGUAGGAGCUUAUUGGCAGGCUACUGUAAACUCAUAGUACACGGAGUGCUGGAGAUGAGUAUGGCUGCUGAGCUCUUCAAGUAUUACAUGAAGGUAAUGCUACUAUCACAAGAAAGUAAUUUGUGCAUACAAUAUACAGAUUUCAAUGGAUAUAUACAGUGCAUUCUGAAAAUAUUUAGAGCCCUUUACUUAUUCCAAAAAGCAGACAUUGGGACUAUAGGUGCUCUGGUCUUUUUGGUUGUAUAUGUCUGAAAUUGAGGGACCUUACAGAUAAUUGUAUGUGUGGGGUACAGAGAUGACGUAGUCAUUCAAAAAUCGUGUUAAACACUAUUAUUGCACACAGAGUGAGUCCAUGUAAUUCAUGUGACUUGUUAAGCACGUUUUUACUCCUGAACUUGUUUAGGCUUGCCAUAACAAAGGGGUUGAAUACUUAUUGACUCAAGACAUUUCAGCUUUUCAUUAUUUAAUUAAUUUGUAAAAAUAAAACAUGAUUCCACUUUGACAUCAUGGCCAGUGUGUAGGCCAGUGACCAAAACAUCUAAAUGGAAUCCAUUUUAAAUUCAGGCUGUAACACAACAAAAUGUGGAAAAAGUCAAGGGGAGUGAAUACUUUCUGAAGGUACUGUAUGUUUUCUACUUGGGUAGGACAAAAUGUCAAGGUAGAACAUUUAUACCGCACCGGAAACCUAGAUUUAGGGUUGUAUUGGAUAGGGCCCUUCCUCAUCCUCACCACUAUAAGAGCAGUAAAUUAGAAUAGUAUAUCAGAAUUCACACAAUUCACACACAGGCAUGAAUAUUCAGUUGUAUGUUUUGUGUGGCACAUCAGCAUUUAAUGUAAGGUCAUCAACAUUCUCAUCAACAUUCUCUCCUAGCGGGACAAGCAGCAUAAAGAACACACUCACUCACGCACACACACAGUGAUACAGCAAUCUGUAUCUGUAGUGAUGGGGGACACAGAGGCCAGACGCCACAUGAAAGGCUCUGAUAUGACUGUCUUCUGUCUCCUCUCCACUGAUUUUUUUUUCUCUCUCUCUCGCUCUCUCUCUCUCUCUCUCUCUACAGUAUUAUAACAACUUUGGUGACAUAAUUAAGGAGACUCUGAGCAGAACGCGGCAAAUGGAUAAGAUAGAGAGUGCUCGCACGUUGGUGCUCUGUCUGCAACAGGUACUGUGGGUUGGCCGGGGUUGUCCUCCCUCUACCCCUUCACCUCCUUUUUUUUUUACCUCAUGUUUCACCCUUCCCUUUACACUCCAUGGCGCAUUCCAACUAAAUUCUUUAGGGGUACAUCAGUUUUAGUAUUGCAGAUAGAUUGUGGCUUCUAUCAAUGUAAUUGUCUGCAUCAUUUCAAAUCUCCCAUAUAUAUUUUUUUGUUUAUAUAUACAGUACAUUCGGAAAGUAUACAGACCCCUUGACUUUUUCCACAUUUUGUUACAUUAGCCUUAUUCUAAAAUUGAUUAGGAAGAGUCUUGGUGGUUCCAAACUUCUUCCAUUUAAGAAUGAUGGAGGUCACUGUGUUCUUGGGGACCGUCAAUGCUGCAGAAAUGUUUUGAUACCCUUCCCCAGAACUGCGCCUCGACACAAUCCUAUCUCUGAGCUCUACGGACAAUUCCUUUGACCUCAUGGCUUGGUUUUUGCUCUGACAUGUACUGUCAACUGUGGGACCUUAUAUAGACACGUGUGCCUUUCAAAAUCAUGUCCAAUCAAUUUAAUUUACCAUGUUUAACAAAAGUUCUGAACCUUUCAAUUCUCAUAGUUUCUAAUGAUUGUAAAUUAAAGAUAAACAUUUUUGCUAAGAGUAUUAUUAUAUUAUUGAUUGAUUUGACUAUGACUUUUCAAAUCACCCAGCAGUGCUAUUUGCAGAGUUAGCUCCAUGUAAAUGUUGCAAUUCUUCAGCCGUUCCUGAACCGGCGACCAAAAACAAGCUACAUAUGGACAGUACCAAAACAAAUGAUCAGAUCAAAUUAAAUCACAUUUUAUUUGCCACAUGCGCCGAAUACAACAGGUGUAGACAUUACAGUGAAAUGCUUACUUACAAGCCCUUAACCAACAAUGCAUUUUUUAUUUUUUUUAUUUUUUAAAAGAAUAAAAGCAAAUAACUAAAGAGCAGCAGUAAAAUAACAGUAGGAAGGCUAUAUACAGGGGGGUACCGGUGCAGAGUCAAUGUGCGGGGGCACCGGCUAGUCGAAGUAAUUGAGGUAAUAUGUACAUGUGGGUAGAGUUAAAGUGACUAUGCAUAAAUAAUUAACAGAGUGGCAGCGGUGUAAAAGAAGGGGAUGGGGUGGGGGUGGGGGGGGCAGUGCAAAUAGUUUGGGUAGCCAUGAUUAGCUGUUCAGGAGUCUUAUGGCUUGGGGGUAGAAGCUGUUGAGAAGCCUUUUGGACCUAGACCCUCUGGUACUGCAUGCCGUGCAGUAGCAGAGGGAACAGUCUAUGACUAGGGUGGCUGGAGUAUUUGACAAUUUUGAGGGCCUUCCUCUGACACCGCCUGGUAUAGAGGUCCUGGAUGGAAGGAAGCUUGGCCCCAGUGAUGUACUGGGCCGUACGCACUACCCUCUAUAGUGCCUUGCGAUCGGAGGCCGAGUAGUUGCCAUACAAGGCGGUGAUGCAACCAGUCAGGAUGCUCUCGAUGGUGCAGCUGUAUAACUUUUUGAGGAUCUGAGGACCCAUGCCAAAUCUUUUCAGUCUCCUGAGGGGGAAUAGGCUUUGUCGUGCCCUCAUCACGACUGUCUUGGUGUGUUUGGACCAUGAUAGUUCGUUGGUGAUGUGGACACCAAGGAACUUGAAGUUCUCAACCUGUUCCACUACAGCCCUGUUGAUGAGAAUGGGGGUGUGCUCAGUCCUCUUUUUUUUCCUGUAGUCCACAAUCAUCUCCUUUGUCUUGAUCACGUUGAGGUAGAGGUUGUUAUCCUGGCACCACACGGACAGGUCUCUGACCUCCUCCCUAUAGGCUGUCUCAUCGUUGUUGGUGAUCAGGCCUACCACUGUUGUGUCGUCAGCAAACUUAAUGAUGGUGUUGGAGUCAUGCCUGGCCAUGCAGUCAUGGGUGAACAAGGAGUACAGGAGGGGACUGAGCACGCACCCCUGAGGGGCCCCGUGUUGAGGAUCAGCGUGGCAGAUGUGUUGUUACCUACCCUUACCACCUGGGGGCGGCCCGUCAGGAAGUCCAGGAUCCAGUUGCAGUGGGAGGUGUUUAGUCCCAGGAUCCUUAGCUUAUUGAUGAGCUUUGAGGGCACUAUGGUGUUGAACGCUGAGCUGUAGUCAAUGAAUAGCAUUCUCACGUAGGUGUUCCUCUUGUCCAGGUGGGAAAGGGCAGUGUGGAGUGCAAUAGAGAUUGCAUCAUCUGUGGAUCUGUUGGGGCGGUAUGCAAAUUGGAGUGGGUCUAGGGUUUCUGGGAUAGUGGUGUUGAUGUGAGCCAUGACCAGCCUUUCAAAGCACUUCAUCGCUACAGACGUGAGUGCUACGGGUCGGUAGUCAUUUAGGCAGGUUAUCUUAGUGUCCUUGGGCACAGGGACUAUGGUGGUCUGCUUGAAACAUGUUGGUAUUACAGACUCAGUCAGGGACAUGUUGAAAAUGUCAGUGAAGACACUUGCCAGUUGGUCAGCACAUGCUCGGAGUACACGUCCUGGUAAUCCAUCUGGCCCUGCGGCCUUGUGAAUGUUGACCUGCUUAAAAGUCUUACUGACAUUGGCUACGGAGAGCGUGAUCACAUAGUCAUCCGGAACAGCUGGUGCUCUCAUGCAUGCUUCAGUGUUGCUUGCCUCGAAGCGAGCAUAGAAGUGAUUUAGCUCAUCUGGUAGGCUUGUGUCACUGGGCAGCUCGUGGCUGUGCUUCCCUUUGUAGUCUGUAAUAGUUUUCGAGCCCUGCCACAUCCGAAGAGUGUCAGAGCCGGUGUAGUACGAUUCAAUGUUAGUCCGGUAUUGACUCUUUGCCUGUUUGAUGGUUCGUCGGAGGGCAUAGCGGGAUUUCUUAUAAGCGUCCGGGUUAGAGUCCCACUCCUUGAAAGCGGCAGCUCUACCCUUUAGCUCAGUGAGGAUGUUGCCUGUAAUCCAUGGCUUCUGGUUGGGGUAUGUAUGUACGGUCACUGUGGGGACGACAUCAUCGAUGCACUUAUUGAUGAAGCCAGUGACUGAUGUGGUGUACUCCUCAAUGCUAUCUGAAGAAUCCCGGAACAUAUUCCAGUCUGUGCUAGCAAAACAGUCCUGUAGCUUAGCAUUUGCUUCAUCUGACCACUUUUUUAUUAACCGAGUCACUGGUGCUUCCUGCUUAGUUUUUGCUUAUAAGCACUAAUCAGGAGGAUAGAGUUAUGGUCAGAUUUGCCAAAUGGAGGGCGAGGGAGAGCUUUGAAUGCGUUUCUGUGUGUGGAGUAAAUGUGGUCUAGAGGUUUUUUUUCCCUCAGGUUGCACAUUUAACAUGCUGGUAGAAAUUAGGUAGAAAGGAUUUAAGUUUCCCUGCAUUAAAGUCCCCGGCCACUAGGAGUGCUGCCUCUGGAUGAGCGUUUUCCUGUUUACUUAUGGCCUUAUACAGCUAAUUGAGUGCAAUCUUAAUGCCAGCAUCGGUUUGUGGUGGUAGAUAGACAGCUAUGAAAAAUAUAGAUGAAAAGUCUCUUGGUAAAUAGUGUGGUCUACAGCUUAUCAUGAGAUACUCUACCUCAGGCGAGCAAUACCUCGAGACUUCCUUAGUAUUGGAUUUUGUGCACCAGCUGUUGUUUACAAAUAUACACAGACCGCCACCCCUUGUCUUACCGGAGUCAGCCUUUCUAUCCUGCCGAUGUAGCGUAUAUCCCGUCAGCUGUAUGUUGUCCAUGUCGUCGUUUAGCCACGACUCGGUGAAACAUAAGAUAUUACAGUUUUUAAUGUCCCGUUGGUAGGAUAAUCGUAAUCGUAGGUUGUCCAAUUUGUUUUCAAGUGAUUGAACAUUGGCUAAUAGGAUUGAUGGAAGAGGCAGUUUACUCGCUCGCCGUCGGAUCCUUACAAGGCACCCUGACCUAUGUCCACGAUAUCUCUGUCUCUUUCUCAUGCGAAUGACGGGGAUUUGGGCCUUGUCGGGUGUCUGUAGGAUAUCCUUCGCGUCCGACUCGUUGAAGAAAAAAUCUUCGUCCAAUACGAGGUCCUGAUAUCCAGAAGCUCUUUUUGGUCAUAAGAGACGGUGGCAGAAACAUUAUAUACAGAAAAAAUUACAAAUAACGCGAAAAAACACACAUAAUAAUACAAUUGGUUAGAGGGCUGUAAAACGGCAGCCAUCUUCUCCGGCGCCAUUAUAUCUAAUGAUUCUGUCUCUUCGCAGCAAAAUCUUCAGAGCUGGUAUGGUUAUAUCCAACAUUCCAUUGGUUGCAAGAAUUUUGUAUAAUAAUUUUUAAUAGAAAAAGUAUACGUUUUGUAUCCGGCAUCAGUUUUGUGUGCCAUGGAAUCGGUACAUAAAAAAUCUCUUCCCAAUUAUUUUGCAAUCUGUAGGGCACAGCUGUCAAUUUUGUGGUCCUUAAAUUAAACUGGUAUACUUUUUUACUUAUCACAAUUUUCUUUGCAGGGCCAACAGACAAGUUCCUUACUUUCUCCCCCUUCCACUUGCUUGCCUCUUCCAUUUUUGCGGUAAUGCUGCAAUUAGUUGGUUGUAAUUUUGGAUAGAGCAGACAUUUCCAUAUAUUUUUGUUAGCUACAUGUAUGACGUAACUCCACCAGUCCUAUUUAUAUAAUUUACAAAGAUUAUACGUUUUUUUUGUUUUGUUUGUUUUUAUAUACAGUACCAGUCAAAAGUUUGGACACACCUACUCAUUCAAGGGUUUUUCUUUAUUUUUACUAUUUUCUACAUUGUAGAAUAAUAGUGAAGACAUCGAAACUAUGAAAUAACACAUAUGGAGUCAUGUAGUAACCAAAAAAGUGUUAAACAAAUCAGAAUAUAUUUGAGAUUCUUCAAAUAGCCACCCUUUGCCUUGAUGACAGCUUUGCACACUCUUGGCAUUCCAGCUUCACCUGGAAUGCUUUUCCAACAGUCUUGAAGGAGUUCCCACAUAUGCUGAGCACUUGUUGGCUGUUUUUCCUUCACUCUCCAGUCCGACUCAUCCCAAACCGUCUCAAUUUGGUUGAGGUUGGGGGAUUGUGGAGGCCAGGUCAUCUGAUGCAGCACUCCAUCACUCUCCUUCUUGGUCAAAUAGCCCUUACACAGCCUGGAGGUGUGUUGGGUCAUUGUCCUGUUGAAAAACAAAUGAUAGUCCCACUAAACCCAAACCAGAUGGGAUGCCGUAUCACUGCAGAAUGCUGUGAUAGCCAUGCUGGUUAAGUGUGCCUUGAAUUCUAAAUAAAUCACAGACAGUGUCACCAGCAAAGCACACCCACACCAUAACACCUCCUCCUCCAUGCUUUACGGUGGGAAAUACACAUGCAGAGAUCAUCCGUUCACCCACACGCGUCUCUCAAAGACACGGCAGUUGGAACCAAAAAUCUCCAAUUAGGACUCCAGACCAAAGGACAGAUUUCCACCGGUCUAAUGUCCAUUGCUCGUGUUUCUUGGCCCAGCAAGUCUCUUCUUCUUAUUGGUGUCCUUUAGUAGUUGUUCCUUUGCAGCAAUUCGACCAUGACGGCCUGAUUCACACAGUCUCCUCUGAACAGUUGAUGUUGAGAUGUGUCUGUUACUUGAACUCUGUGAAGCAUUUAUUUGGGCUGAGGCUGGUAACUCUAAUGAACUUAUCCUCUGCAGCAGAGGUAACUCUGGGUCUUCCUUUCCUGUUGCGGUCCCCAUGACAGCCAGCUUUUGCCAUAAUAUGGACUUGGUCUUUUACCAAAUAGGGCUAUCUUCUGUCUAACAAGGCACAUCUGUUAAUUGAAAUGCAUUCCAGGUGACUACUUCAUGAAGCUGGUUAAGAGAAUGCCAAGAGUGUGCAAAGCUGUCAUCAAGGCAAAGGUGGCUAUUUGAAGAUUCUCAAAUAUAAAAUAUAUUUUGAUUUGUUUAAUACUUUUUUGGUUACUACAUGAUUCCAUGUGUGUUAUGUCAUAGUUUUGAUGUCUUCACUAUUAUUCUACAAUGUAAAAAAUAGUAAAAAAUAAAGAAAAACCCUUGAAUGAGUAGGUGUGUCCAAACCUUUGACUAGUACUGUAUAUUUUUAUAUAUUUGAGUUUAACCAUAAUAUUUGUUAUAAUAUUUGUUCUGUCUUUUCUGGUGGAUUAAGCUGAAAUAGCAACCAACUUUCUAUUGGUUGUUUUAAAAAUAGCGAUAUUUUCAAAUAACCGAAAGUGAGAGGUUGUAAUCUGAAUAAAGGGAAAAAGGCCAUUCUUGAACACUGGGUUAGCCAUUCUUACUAAUAUGCUAGGGAAUUUAAGUAUAGCUUUUGUAUGACUGAAGCCUUUAGUGAUAGGUCUAAUGCUUUAAUAUUUAAUCAUUUCUGCCCUACGAAUUCAUAUUCAUUAUAUAAAUAGACACGUUUAAUUUUGUCUGGCUUGCCGUUCCAAAUAAAAUUGAAUAUUUGUUGCUCAUAUAAGCAAAUAGGUAAACUGGGAUAUGACUAAAGAGUUAAUCAGGGUGAUUUUUCCACAAAUAGACAGGUGUUGUCCUUUCCCUGGUAGCAAGGUCUUAUCUAUGUUUGCUAACUUUCUUUUAAAAUGUAUUGUAGUUAGAUUAUUUAUUCAUUUCGCGUUAUGAAUACAGACUAUGUCCGCUUCACCGUCAGACCAUUUUAUUGGUAAACUACACGGUAAUGGAAAAGUUGUAUUUUUUAGUGAUCCAAUAUGCAAUUAAGUACGCUUAUCAUAAUUUGGUUGUAAUCCUUUAAGGUUAGAAUAAUUAUGAUGUUUUGCAUCUUCCUCAAAUUAAAUCCACUGGGAGAAGGAUGUUUUGCAUACAUUUGAAAUCUGUAUCCAAAAGAAUUAUUGAGAAAUAAUUAAAGUAGGGAAAUGUGUGACAUUUUGGCAUUACCCAGGCCUCCAGGUUUUAGAUAUUCACGUUUAUAUUUGUUAUUAUCCAUAAAUUGUAUUCUUCACAUGGUAAAGUUAUAAAUGACACCAAUACAGACUAAUUGUAGAGGCCUGGGUAAGGCCACAAUUUCACAACUUCACAGAUUUCAAAUAUAUGCCAAACAUCCUUACCAUAAAGGACCUUUUUAUGGAUUUAAUUUCAGGAAGAUCCAAAACAUCAUAAUUAUGAUAAUUAACUAAUUAUGGCACACACACACACACACACACUGACAGAGCCUAGAAGCCUUGCUACACCUCACAGACACAUAGCCAUCCUCCCUUCACUGUGGAAUAUUCCAGCCUCACCAUUUUCUGAAUAGCUAAUGGUAGAUCCCACAGAGGAGGGAGGAGUGGCUUGAAGGGGAUGCACUCAUUGCUGUUUUUUGGCCUCUCACUCAGCUCUGCAGUAUAUGGGUAUGUGUUGUCCUUUAGUUGGCUAAUGGAUGGCAAAUAUCAUUCAGGUCUAAAUGAGAGAGAGAGCUGAGUUUGAUUUGAAUUGAGCUGAUUGGAUUUUAGUUGGAUUUGAUUUAACUGAGCUUAUCUGAACUGAACUAAAUUGAGUAAAGUACACUUUAGAGUUGAGUUAGAUUCAGCUGAUAUGAAUUGAACGAAACUGUGACCAAGUUGAUCAGUGAUGUCUCUGUCACUUUUGCUUCAGUUGUUCCUGCGUCUGAAGCAGGAGCAGGACAGUGGAGUCACAUGUAGCUCAGGUGUCCAAACAUUCAGCAGCAUCAAGGAGCUGGCCAGACGUUUCUCUCUCACAUUCGGCUGGGACCAGACCAAGUCCAGAGAGUCCCUUGCUAUGAUCCAUAGGUAGGUAAACACUACCUCAUAACCUGGUAUACAUACACACACACACACUCACGUCCCGUUAAUGUUAUUCAUCAUGGUUUCCGAGGCCUCAUUUCACCACACUUCAACCAGUACUAUGAGCAUUUGUUUAAAAUAAUACUAAUGUUACUUAUACUCAUAAUAAUUAUACUAAUAAUAACAUUUUUAGAGCACAUUUCCUACGCUCAAUGCGCUCAUAUGUCAUUCAUUCACCUUUCCUCUCUGUGUGUGUGUGUGUGUGUGUGUGUGUGUGUAGGGAUGGUAUAGAGUUUGUUUUUCAGGGCUUUGUCCAGAGAGCAGAGAAGCCCUCACCUCCCUACCUCUCCUACCUCACCAUCCUCAGCGAGUUCUCCAGCAAGCUCCUCAGACCAGACAAGAAGAUUGUGUAAGUAUACAGUUAAAAAAGUGUAGUCAAAAAAGUGCAGUCAAAAAAGUGAUUUUAUAUACACAGUACCAGUCAAAAGUUUGGACACCUACUCAUUCCAGGGUUUUAAUUUUGUACUAUUUUCUACAUUGUAGAAUAAUAGUGAAGACAUCAAAACUAUGAAAUAACACAUAUGGAAUCAUGUAGUAACCCAAAAAGUGUUAAACAAAUAAAAAUAUUUUAUAUUUGAGAUUCUUCAAAUAGCCACCCUUUGCCUUGAUGACAGCUUUGCACAAUCUUGGAAUUCUCUCAACCAGCUUCACCUGGAAUGCUUUUCCAACAAUCUUGAAGGAGUUCCCACAUAUGCUGAGCACUUGUUGGCUGUUUUCCUUCACUCUGCGGUCUGACUCAUCCCAAACCAUCUCUAUUGGGUUGAGGUCGUGGGAUUGAGGAGGCCAGGUCAUCUGAUGCAGCACUCCAUCACUCUCCUUCUUGGUAGAAUAGCCCUUACACAGCCUGGAGGUGUGUUGUGUCAUUGUCCUGUUGAAAAACAAAUGAUAGUCCCACUAAGCCCAAACCAGAUGGGAUGGCGUAUCACUGCAUAAUGCUGUGGUAGCCAUGCUGGUUAAGUGUGCCUUGAAUUCUAAAUAAAUCACAGACAGUGUCACCAGCAAAGCACCCCCACACCAUAACACCUCCUCCUCCAUGCUUUACGGUGGGAAAUACACAUGCGGAGAUCAUCCGUUCACCCACACCGCGUCUCACAAAGCCACAGCGGUUGUAACCAAAAAAUCUCCAAUUUGGACUCCAGACCAAAGGACACUUUUCCACCGGUCUAAUGUCCAUUGCUCGUGUUUCUUGGCCCAAGCAAGUCUCUUCUUCUUAUUGGUGUCCUUUAGUAGUGGUUUCGUUGCAUCAAUUUCACCAUGAAGGCCUGAUGCUCUGAAAAGUUGAUGUUGAGAUGUCUGUUACUUGAACUCUGUGAAGCAUUUAUUUGGGCUGCAGUUUCUGAGGCUGGCAACUCUAAUGAACUUAUCCUCUGCAGCAGAGGUAACUCUGGGUCUUCCUUUCCUGUGGUGGUCCUCAUGAGAGCCAGUUUCAUCAUAGCGCUUGAUGGUUUUUGCAACUGCACUUGAAGAAACUUUCAAAGUUCUUGACAUUUUCCAGAUUGACUGACCUUCAUGUCUGAAAGCAAUGAUGGACUGUUGUUUCUCUUUGCUUAUUUGAGCUGUUCUUGCCAUAAUAUGGACUUGGUAUUUUACCAAAUAGGGCUAUCUUCUGUCUAACAAGGCACAUCUGUUAAUUGAAAUGCAUUCCAGGUGACUACCUCAUGAAGCUGGUUAAGAGAAUGCCAAGAGUGUGCAAAGCUGUCAUCAAGGCAAAGGAUGGCUAUUUGAAGAAUCUCAAAUAUAAAAUAUAUUUUGAUUUGUUUAACACUUUUUUGGUUACUACAUGAUUCUAUAUGUAUUAUUUCAUAGAUUAUGUCUUCACUAUUAUUCUACAAUGUAGAAUAUUGUAAAAAUAAAGAAAAACCCUUGAAUGAGUAGGUGUGUCCAAACUUUUGACUGGUACUGUAUAUUUCCACACUGAGGUUGGAAUAAUACUGUGAAAUUGUGAAAAUUAUGAUAAUGCCCUUUUAGUGUAAGAGCGGUUUUAAAAGACUGCCUGAAAUUUCAGCCUAUUUUGUUGGGAUGGAGUUUUGGCCUGCCUGGUGACAUCACCAGGUGGUAAAUUAGUUAAUAGAUCAAUAUGAAAGAGAGUUUCAAACAUCUCUGCCAAUCAGACCACUCCCAGACAGUCCUAGCAAAAGUCUUGCUUGAGAAAUUGCUCUUUGCUAAGAAGCUAUUGUUUCUUUUUGACCAUAUUAAUUGAAAACAAUCACAGUAAGGUACUUAAUAGUUACCAGAAAUUAUUUAAUAUUGAGAUAAAAAUGGCUGCAUUGGACCUUUUUAAAGACUGUGUGUGUGUGUUAGUGGACUAGCUUAAACCUGUCCCUCUCUCCCUCCAGUUACUCCUACCUACAGAGGUACGUAAGUGAACAGACCAUCAGUAACAGAGAAGAGUGUUGGCUGCCACUCAUCUAUUACCGAGCCUCCUUAUUGGCUACUGGGGCUGAGGGGGAGGAUGCUGUGUCCUUCAUCAGCUCUGAUACGCUAAAGCAGCCGUCUCCAGCCAAUCGCUCACGCUCUCCCUCUGUCAGACACAGCCCUACUGCUGACGGUAGGUACUUUGAUAUCAUCAGACAGGGACCAUCUGAUCAUGAUACCCACCAUGACAUGACUUCAAUGAUUGAUUGCGCUUUGUAUAGGACUUAUUCUUGCAUAUUUCGUUUUCAGAGUGCCAUAAAAGGCUGGCAAGAUCGUUAUGCUCACAGAACGUAUUCGAUUGAGCUGACUGAUAGGGAAAUGUAUAUUGUCUUUGAUAGGAGACAUGAGGUCCCCGUCUGCUCUCACCUCUACUGACACCAAAGUAAGGAGGCCCCAUAAAGCCAGCAGCAGCACAAGGUAGCAACCCUAACACUAAUCCCAGCCCUAACUGUAACCCUGAAUUAAGUGGAAUGGAGAUGGAACUAAUCCCAACUCUGGCCAAGUUUUUGCUCCUUUGAAAUACUUAUUUCAUCCUGUUUUACCUUGAAGUAAAGAUGGAAACACUGUCUUCACUCAUUCAAUCACGUACAGAUCAGUGAUUGCUUCCCCAGGAAGGGAUGCAUUUAAAAAAAUAUAUUCAAGCAGGGCUCACUGUCUCUAACCAUAGAGUAUAAUUGUUCUAUUAAUUAUAUUUCUGUCUUUGACCCUGUCUGUCUCAGCCCAGAGGACAGGAAGCCAGAGGUUGAGCUUGGUCUCAUCGUCAGGGAACCCCCGCCGACCAUAGUGAUAUCAGAGGAGCCGUCCCACGCUAAUGAGGAAUUGGAUGUGGACACCGUGGAGGUUGCCCUGUGAACUGGAAGAUGGAUCAAAUAAAAUAAUAUUUGUCACAUGCUUCGUAGACUAACAGUGAAAUGCUUACUGGCCCUUCCCAUCAAUUCAGAGAGAAAGAAAAUUGCGAAAUAAUAGAAAAGUUAACACGUAAUAAUAAAUACACAAUGAGUAACGAUAACUUGGGGUACCAGUACCGAGUCGAUGUGCAGGGGUACAAAGUAAUUGAGGUAGAUAUGUACAUAUAACCAGGAAUAAAGUGACUAGGCAACAUGAUAGGUAGAACAGUAGCAGCAUCGUAUGUGAUGAGUAUAUGAAAAUGGAUGGAAGGCAAAGAAGGACUUCAUAUGUGUAAGCAAUAUGACAAAAAUUAUCACCUUGCCUAUCAAAAAGGAAGUGGAUGUAGUACCAUAUUGCUUAUAACUCCAAUACCUAUUGAUAUCUACACAGGUGGCUAGGGGUCGUGUCUGGAGAGGGAUGGAAUAGAGGGCUGGACAUCUGAAGGGAGUAGAGAAACACCCUUGUACGCAUUUUAGUUAUCGAAAGGGACAAUAGUAUUGCGUCCUCUCCUUCAUUUGCACUGAUUUGAAAGAUAAAAAAAUAGGAUGGGUGAAAGUAAUAUGGUGGAUGCCUACCCGUAUGCUUUCCCCCGUCCAGAUCCAGAUGUAGGAAAGGAGACAAGACAUGCAAGCCGCUUUAGUCUAUUGAGACAGUUGUCGUCCAUAUCAAUAGUCAUCAUUGUAUUUCCAGAAUGCAUGACAUGGUUGGAGUAUUUUUCUGUAACCUUAUUUAAACCAACUCUCAAAAUACAAGUGGCUCUUUGAAAGUUUUUUUUUUUUUUUACCAGCCCAUGUGGACAAAAUCAUUUGACGGUCUUCCUUAGAGAAGAUGCUGUACCAAUGGUAGGUUAAGACUUUACUUACACUGGGUAUACCUCUGUAUUGUCCUGGAAUCAAUGAUGUGGUGCAUUAUGGAUAUAAGCUCUUUUUAUUUGUAUUGAAAGUAUUGAAACCAAUGUAUCUGCUGGUGCUGUUAUAUUUGACCCAUAAUUGGGCUUCGCUCUUGGGAAAAGUACGUCUAGAGACUAAAGAAUGAUAAAAAUUGCUCUCUCAAGCUUGAAAGAAUAAGUACCAAGUACAAAGCACGACUCAAUUGUUUAUAUCAACAGCUUUUAGGAAAGCUAAUGGGCUCGUUUUUACAUAAACACUAAAAAAGUAUGUUAAUGAAAAUACAUGUUAACUUGAAAAUCCUCAACUUAAAUAGUAGCAAUGCUAUUUUGGUGCCAACGUAUUCAUUUUGAUUGUAAAAUAAGCAUAUGGUGUGUGUAUUGUAUAAGGGGUUAGGGUUCUAAGGUUAUAUAGACAAUGAUUAUCAAUGAGUCAGGUUGUUGUAGCAGUAUUGUACAAUAUUGAACUGCAGAUGUGUCCUAGCCAGUAAUGAUUGUGUUAUGGCUUAGCUAAUGUAGGUGAGAUCUGUCUAAGUAGGAUUGUUAUUGAUGACAAACUCACCACUGUUCAUUUGUUGUUCUAAUGGAAAUGUGUGUGGUCAUAGUAACUGAUCAGACCUGUUUUAAUUGACUUUUGUGUCAUUGGAAAUACCAUAAUCAACCUAUAAACAUUUGUUUACCACUCAACUUUGAACUGUUCCUUCCAUCAAAUAUUACUCGCAUUCAAUUUUCUCUUGCUUCUUUCUAUGAAGAAAUGCCACAAUAUUAUCUUUUUAAUUCUUUAUUUGAACAAAACAUACAUUUAACUUCCUGUAUGAAAGUACAUUGUUAUAAAGUACUUUGUCAGAUAGAAAAAAAAUAUUUUGUUUAAAACAUCUGACCAACUAUUAUGCAACACAGCAAGCACAAAAUAAAUAUUUACAGCUAUUUAUAAAUAUUUCUAAUAAUUUAUAACCCCAUCUCUCACACAAAAAAAGCAUAUGAUAGAAGAUGUUAUACUGAUGAACUCAUUAUUGUACAGUUAGAAACUGUGUGUCUGCCUUGCCAGGCAUUUGGACUGAGCUCCAGCACUCUACUACCCCGCCCCUCCCAGCAGGUAGACCAUACCUUUUUAUUUUGCGAUCGGACCAGAAACGACUCAAUAUGGUUAAUAUCUCUGGAAUGUUGAAUUAGCCAAUUCCUAAGAAUGAUUAACAAAACAAUGUUUAUCGUUGAUGUGGUAUAUUAACUUAAUAAUUCAAGUGUGCCUCAGUGAGCUUCAGUGUGUCUGCAGUGUCUCUAGUCUAAUUGUUACCAAAUUGUUUCAUGCUGUGAUUGACCCACCUAAAAGCCUCUCGGAUCUCCUAAUGACGUAAAUGUUUCACGCUGCGACCCACCCAAGGCCUCCUGAAUUGCCUCGCGAGCCACCAAAUAACAAAACUGAUGUUUGUAGUCACAACCAAGAAGUGUUGAGCCAGGACCCAGUAGGAACCAGCGUUUAACCAAUUGACGUAUUUUUAACACCACUGCUAAGAUGAUGGCAGCACCUUUUAUCACUCUGUUGCAACAAUGUGUCUGUACCUUAACUGAUUUUUUUUUGAGGCCAUGGACUGAAGUGUCCUCUACUUAAAGGUGAGAGGUGGUAACGGCACCUGCAUCGUUUGGCAGAUAGAGAUGCUACUUCCCACCACAGAAUGUGUCUUCUUCCUGUAUUGCCUAGUGUCUGGUGGGCGUUUCCUGUUCCUGUGGUUGCCAGCUUCACACUAAGGAACCAUGUGAUGUUUGUUUGUCCUGUAGUUUGGUGGGAGCGCUUGUUUUCAUCCCUAGUUUGACGAGCGUCCGUGGUUCAGAGUUAGCCGUUUGACUGUCCCUCACUACUGUGUGAUCGUGUCUGUACGGUUGUUUAGUGUGAACGUUUGUGGUUCUGGUUUGGCAUUCAACUGCUCACACUGCUGUUUGUCCUGUAUCCUGUAGCCGCUUCUUCUCCCUGUUUUGUUGCUCUCCCAGUGCUGGUCAUUCAAAGUCGUCCUCAUCCAAGUCCAGAUUGCAGUGAGGGUUGGGGAUCUCAAAGAAAUGUCUCUUCUCUGUCCUCAGACCCAAUUCACUGGAGAUGGGACUCAGAGCAUUGUCAUACCUGCAGAGAAUAUAUGAGCGAGAGAGAAGUUCUUUCAACAUAGUGAAAUAAAAGCAUUGCAUUGGAAUAAAGUACCUAUAUGACAGACAGGACAAAAAGUGGUACAGUAGAUAGGCAGGGAUCAACUCCAUGGAGGACCUACCAGUGUUCAAGAGAUAAACAGGUGAGGCCACAACAACAACAGGAGGAACAACAGGUGGGAGAAUACAGAUGGUGAAGAGUUCUACUGAGAGUGCUGAGGAAGGGAUUGGUUUUGAAACACAGCUGCCAUAUCAAUUCCAUAUCAGCCUGUAGCCCCUCCCUACCUCAGAGUCCUAGGUGUUGAAAGAAUAGAGUGUAGUUAUGGCAAAAAAUACACCCAAGCUUAUCAGAGGACAAGGUGGAGUGCUUACCAUGUACACACACACAGGUACCUACCCACUACUACUUAUCCAAGUCUUUUAGACACAAGUGCCUAGAGGCUACGGGUGGAGAGAGUGAAGGAGGAGUGAGAGAGAGCCUACACCCUGAGGAUAGACAGACAGACGCCCUGCUCUCUUACCUGGCCAGGUAAAGCAGCCUCUCCCUCAUCCUACCCAGCUUGUCUUUAGAAGUGUGUGGUGUUCCUAAAACCGCCACACAAUAGCCUGUUAACAGCCUUAUCCCUCACACUGGCCCCCUAUCAUCAUUCUACACAACCACAGCAGUCCUCCUGAAGUCAAGCCACUACAAAGAAAAACUUGCCAUACAUUACGUCUACAGUGAUAAUCUAAGAGCUUAUAAAAGAUGCUUAUGGAAAAUGACAGAUGACUGACUUAGUCACUAACCCUGGCAUUCCUACUACAGAAAAGGUCAAAGCACAAAUUAUCCUUCUGGACAGCACAGUCAGAGUUGGUCCCCCAACCAACUGUGAAUUCAACUAUUGACUUUCUCCUUUACAGAAACUGAUGGGAAAUUGGUCAUUAAAUCAACAAGAGGCAUCUGCGAUUCUGUCUGGUAAAUGAUCGAACACUGGUUAUGAUUGCACUGUUUGAGUGUAGUCAGUCCGUCCGUCAGUCUUACCCGCCGUUGUACUGAUCGGUAGUAGUCUCCUCGGCAACCAGGAUAUCGUACUCAUCCGCUGCAUAUUUCUCCCAGUCCGAGAUCUCCUGGCCCUCUGUCUCGGCCUCCUUACAAACACACAACCAACAAAACUCCAUUACCCCACGGCCUCAGGACCUAUGAGGUCAUAUCCUGUCAUCCCGGCAUAAUAAUAACAUCCUGUUGUAGUCAAUAGUUACCCUUACAACAGAGAAGGGGUCUUUCUGCUCGUGGUCCAGGUACUUCUCGAUAUUGAAGAAGGUGUCAUAGAAGAUGUGGGACAACUUACACUGCUUCAGGUCCCGUAGGGUGAUCUUUCCUGGGGGAGAAUAAUAAUCAAAAAAAAAAAUGCCCAAUCCAGCUGCAUUUCAAGGUUUAGUGGUGCUCCCAAACCUAGGUCAAAUAAAUGUAAAAUACCUGAGCUGUGCUUUAUUUAGUUUACAUGGUACAUUGGAACCAAAGCUUCAGUCUAAAAAUGCUACACGCUGGAACUAAUAGCUACUUGUGGCAUUAACCUAGGCUAGCAUUCAUUGUUGUGUGCUGGACUCCGCCGUAGUGGUUAGCCCUCCCAACUCCGGACCACAUACAGUGCAUUCGGCCAAUAUUCAGACCCCUUUCUCCACAUUUUCUUACGUUACAGCCUUAUUCUAAAAUUGAUUAAAUAAAUAAAAAAUCCUCAUCAAUCUACACACAAUACCCCAUAAUGACAAAGCGAAAAUAGGUUUUUAGAAAUGUUUGCAAAUGUAUUACAAAUAUAAAACAGAAAUACCUUAUUUACAAAAGUAUUUAGACCAUUUGCUAUGAGACUCAAUAUUGAGCUCAGGUGCAUCCUGUUUCCAUUGAUCAUCCUUGAGAUGUUUCUAAAAAUAGAUUGGAGUCCACCUGUGGUAAAUUCAAUUGAUUGGACAUGAUUUGGAAAGGCACACACCUGUCUAUAUAAAGUCUCACCGUUGUCAGAGCAAAAAUCAAGCCAUGAGGUUGAAGGAAUUGUCCAUAGAGCUCCGAGACAUGAUUGUGUCGAAGGCACAGAUCUGGGGAAGGGUACCAAAACAUUUCUGCAGCAUUGAAGGUCCCCAAGAACACAGUGGCCUCCAUCAUUCUUAAAUGGAAGAAGUUUGGAACCACCAAGACUCUUCCAAGAGCUGGCCGCCCGGGCAAACCGAGCAAUCGGGGGAGAAGGGACUUGGUCAGGGAGGUGACCAAGAACCAGAUGGUCACUCUGACAGAGCUCCAGAGUUCCUCUGUGGAGAUGGGAUAACCUUUCAGGAGGACAACCAUUUCUGCAGCACUCCACCAAUCAGGCCUUUAUGGUAGAGUGGCCAGGCUGAAGCCACUCCUCAGUAAAAGGUACAUGACAGCCCGCUUGGAGUUUGCCAAAAGGCACCUAAAGGACUCUCAGACCAUAAGAAACAAGAUUCUCUGGUCUGAUGAAACCAAGAUUGAACUCUUUGGCCUGAAUGCCAAGCGUCACGUCUGGAGGAAACCUGGCACCAUCCCCACGGUGAAGGAUGGUGGUGGCAUCAUCAUGCUGUAGGGAUGUUUUUCAGAGCCAGGGACUCAGAGACUAGUGAGGAUUAGUGUUGCACGAUAUUGGAAAUAACUGACAUUGCGAGAAAAAAAAAAAUUCUGCGAUAUACAUUGCGAUAUGAAAAGAUACAGGAUGUAUGUAUGAAAAAUUCAGUUUGCAAACAGCGACUUUUCAGGUGGAAGUCCUCAUUAGUAAAGUGUACAUCAGACUUAUGUAGGGCUCCGUUGUCCGGCUGGACCACAAGUUCGUUGUUGCUGUAUAAUAUUCCACUUGUGACAGCUCUGUUUCAACUUGUGCCUUGCAUUUCUCGUACAACUCUGGGAUGGCAACUUGAGAAAAAUAGUUGCGUGAUGGCAUUACAUACCGCUUGUCAAGCGACCGGAUCAUGUUUUUAAAACCCUCUUUGGUAACCGUGUUAAUUGGUACCAUGUCUUCGGCGACGUGAAAUUUUAUUGUAUGGUGUAAUACUGGCAAAGGCAUCCAAAAUAGAUUUUUGCUUUGGAGGGCAUUGAGAUGCUUUGCACUCGUCAUACGAAGAUUUGUGGUGCCGCCUUAAAUGAUCAAACAAAUUGGUCGUGUUGCCUCGUGUUGUGGCAACAAUUGCAAGGCACUCUCGACAAAGUACCUGUUUUUGGUCUACAUCAUCCUGUCUGUAGCCGAAAUAUUUCCAUAUAAUUGACGAUGCAUUUCUUUUUGCAACCAAAUUCUCCAUGUCGGUCUUUUUUGCCUGUUCCUCGCUCAUCAUUUCGUCACGCGCAAGCAGAGCCUGCAUGUCAACCACAUGCAGCAACGAACUCCGUGUUUAAAAUAAUAAUAAUAAUAAUAAUAAACUGUGUAUCCAAUAACCCAUGAAUCGGAGUAAAUUAUGUUAUAUCAGACAAAUAUAAUGCUAGAUUAACAUUUGAAAAAUAUAUAUAGUAGACUGCUAUAUGUUUACCUUACUAAAUCGCACGUUCUGCGAUGUGACUAUUGCGGAUGCAUACAUCGCAAUGUCGAUGCUGAAACGAUAUAUCGUGCAGCCCUAGUGAGGAUUGAGGGAAAGAUGAACGGAGCAAAGUACAGAGAGAUCCUUGAUGAAAUUCUGCUCCAGAGCGCUCAGGACCUCAGACUGGGGUAAAGGUUCACCUUCGAACAGGACAAUGACCCUAAGCAAACAGCCAAGACAACGCAGGAGUGGCUUCGGGACAAGUCUCUGAAUGUCCUUGAGUGGCCCAGCCAGAGCCCGGACUUGAACUCGAUCGAACAUCUCUGGAAAGACCUGAAAAUAUCUGUGCAGCAACGCUCCCCAUCCAACUUGACAGAGCUUGAGAGGAUCUGCAGAGAAGAAUGGGAGAAACUCCCCAAAUACAGGUGUGCCAAGCUUGUACCGUCAUACCCAAGAAGACUCGAGGCUGUAAUCGCUGCCAAAGGUGCUUCAACAAAGUACUGAGUAAAGGGUCUGAAUACUUAUGUAAAUUUGAUAUUUCAGUUUAUAAUUUUUUAUAAAUUUGUUUUGCUUUUUGCUUUGUCACUAUGGGGUAUUGUGUGUAGAUUGAUGAGGGGGAAAAAAACAAUUUAAUCAAUUUUAGAAUAAGGCUGUAACGUUACAAAAUUUGGGAAAAGUCAAGGGGUCUGAAUACUUUCCGAAUGUAAUGUAUACCCCUGGCGACGUGGCUGUGAAUCCUGCCUCCACCCAUCUCAUCUGUCUGUCCCUCUACAUGUAUCUCUUUCUCUCAUUUCUGACAAUGCUGUCAAAUAGAUACAAAAUACGUAAAGAGGUUGGAACCCUUUGAUUAGUCAUCGUCUUUCAUUCAGCGCAGUAUUACUAUUUAGCCCAGUUGCUGUGAUGUACUGGUGUGUGUGUGUGCUUGUGUAUGCUAACUCUUUACUUCAUUGCUAACACGUAUAUCUUGUCUUGAGGGACUGACAUUCUAAAAUGUGGUUGUGCAGGUCAGUCUGCAUGUCACUAUGGAACAAGUUUAUCAUGUGUGUUUAGGUGUCUGACCUUCGACCUCCGGCUUGACCAGGUCCAGCAUCUGACAGAGACAGUCCUCGAAGGGCAGGGGCUCGAUUGCCAUGGUCUCCAACUUCACACACUGCUCCUCAUAGAAAUACUCCAGCUCGUACAUAGACAACACACCGUCCCCAUCCAGGUCCAUACACCGGAACCAGUACUCUAUACUGUGGAGGGAGAAAGAGAGAGACGGGCAAGAUACACAGGAUAGAGUGGUGUCACCAACACACAAAUCAGUACUCUAUACAGAGCGGGGUGGAGACUGUUCAAAAUAAUUCUAAACAAAAAUUAUAUUCUGUUUCAAAUGUGAGACUGGUGUUACUGUAUGUAGUACCUGGUGUCAGUCUUCUUGUCUUCUUCAGAGAUGAGGAACCAGACAAAGUCAGCGUAGCUAAGCCUGCCGUCUUUACGCAGAUGUCUAUCCCUGGGAGGAGAGCGAUGGGUAGGGCAACACUCAAACACACCACUCUCUUACUUCACCUUCAAUUCUAUCAAGCUUUAUUUGCAGGGAAUAUUUGUUUAUUUCUAGCAAAUAGCAAAAUCUACACAGAGCUUUAGACAAUAGUAGAUUAAAUGUUGCAUUUAUCUGAGGAAAAACACACAGGGGGCCCAAGCCAACCUCAACUCAGUGAAAGGAGUCGAUACAGAACACAGUGUGGAACGUCAUAACAGCCAUUAAUUAGUCCAUGUCUCUUACCUGGUAACUGUCCCAGAAAAUAUUCUUUCAAUCAUCUUGUGGGAGAUAGCUGGAAAACACGGGAGAAAAAACCUUUACAAACUAGGCAAGAUAACAAUGUGAUGCGAGUUACUGUAUAAAAGGUAUUUCAUUAUAGAUGUGAUCCACAGAACAUAAAUCCAGCUCUUUGGGAAGUAAAGUGAAUGAUGUAACUGUGUUAACCUCUCCUUUAUCAUUUCCAUACCAUAAAUACAGCAAUUUCUGCUUGUAGGGGAGAUCUAUAGGACUAAUAAAUGGAGCCAGACAUGGCGUCAUCCAAUUCAACCAGGAUAUUCAUUUGGGGGGUGGGUGGGUGGCGUUAGGCCUAUUGCCCCAUUGAUCUUCUUUCCCGUUUCCUUCAUGACCAGGAACAUAUGGAGUGGUGUGUGGGAGCAAAGCACUUGGACAUUAAGGUAGUCUUGGUCAUCCUCUCUCUGUGUGUGUGUGUGUGUGUGUGUGUGUGUGUGUGUGUGUGUGUGUGUGUGUGUGUGUGUGUGUGUGUGUGUGUGUUUACACCUUGGUCGUUGUGUCAGACCAGAGGGGUAUGUCACGAAGCUCGCUAGCGCUUUCCAACUCAACGGUUAUCCCGAGUUUCUUUCAGAAUUGAGCUUGUGAACUCCUCUAUAUCCCGCUUCGUGACAUACCCCUUAGCUCUCUUUUGUCUAUGUAGAGGUCGUGUGUGUGUGUGUGUGUGUGUGUACCUUGGUCGUUGUGUCGGGCCAGGUCUCUCUGGUCUAUGUAUAGGUCAUGGUCUGUGUCCAGCUCCCAGAACUUGCAGUAGAUGACGUAGAAAUGUUCAUAGGAGAAGAACUCUGUCAGCUGGUUCACGUCCUCCUCCUGCUCUAGCAGGGCCACGUUCUGUUGGACCAAUCAAUUCAUCAAUCAACCAGCCAAUCAAUCAAACAAUCACUGGUGACUUAUUUCACACUUUUCACAGAUAGUGACGAGGACAAUGUCACUGUAUCUCUUGAUGGGAAGAAACCAUUGGAGGAACCAGACUCGACAAGAGGGUGGGCCCAUUCGACUUACAGCAUUACUGUAGAUGUGACAACUGAUCGGUUCCAUGUCAAAGCUCCCUUCCUUCCUACCUGGAGAAAGCUGCUUUUCCUGAGCUCUGAACAGCUGAUCCUGCCUGACCAUGACCUGUUCACAUUGUAGAAUAUCCUCUGGGCAACCUGCAGACACAACACACAGCUUUAAUAGCCCCCAGUACACUCAAAAUAUCAUUUAAACUCAUCCACAGAAAAAAUCUGUAUAUGACACCAAGGCUUCAGAGUCAGUCACGGAAUCCAAUUAAGAUAGGACACAUUUGACAUCACAUUCAACAUCACACGUUAACCUCUGUAGACAUGCCAAGUGGUAUGGUUUGAAAAAUGCCAAAUGUCUUUUGGUGUGGUAUGUAUAAUGACUUACUGUGGUGAUGUAGCGUGAGUGGAAGUCGGACGCCUCCUUCAGGAAGGCCAGGCCUGUGUGAGAGUUCACCACAUCCUGAACAACACAGACAGGAGGUUAAUAACAUUACAACAAGGCCGGGGAGAGGUCCAGAGGACUAACUGGGCCUUGCCACAAGACAAGCACCAGAGAGACAAUCAAACAUACAACAGUAUGUCAAAUCACUCUCUGGGGACUCUGGGGAGUUCGUAGCAGAAAGACAGACCCCAUCUUCUGCUCUGCCUGUUGGAGAGAUGUUGAAAGGGCAUGACUAGCUCAAACCCCAUAUUCAAGAUCUGUUAGAUGUAUUGGAACUUCAAAAAGGUGGCUUAAAGUCAAGCGGCGUCCAUCCAUAUAGCCGCUCCAUCUGUUGUGUAGAUCCAACUAUGCAUUAGGAGAACUCUGCAGACCGCAAUGGCAGAUGAAUGGAAAGAAUCUAAUUGGGAGGACAAUUGGAUUGCACUUUUGAAGUAUAAAAGCAUCUAACAGACUCUUAUCCCUUUAAAUGGCCGGCAUGAGUAGGGGACAUGCUGAAGACAUUGAGACCAUGGGAACAAUAGGAGACCAAUGGGAGAAGAGGCCUGCUGUUAUAUAGCUGCUCAUAUUCUCCAUGUUGGACCACCACACACAGACACUUUCAUGUGGUGACUGGUGAGCUGAAUCUCCAAUGAACUGUACAUUUAUCCAUGCCAUGAAAAUCACUCAUGCCUCUUCUCCCAUUUUUUUACCCCCCUGUCUACCAGAGGGGUGAAAGGAACUAAACAUUGAUGUAAAUGAGAAGGCGGCUGUGAAAUUAAAAUAGCUUUAUUUUGAGGCGGUGCGCCCCCCCUUGACCCUUCCUGUGAGAAAUUAAAUCAUAGAAAAACCCAUAAAUCACCAGGGUGAGGAAACUUGCGUGGCCAGUCACAUCUACUCGGCGCCAAUCUUUCCUUCAUUCAUCACAACGGUCAGAGCCCAUUCGCCCGGCGCCGCAAUACAAAUUAAACGGUGAGUGCCAGAAGGCAUCUCCUCCCUGUAUGCUAACGGGUGUUUUGUCGCGGCCCAUACGGCUCUGCCAGCAUGAAUAUCAAUCAGCCCAAUGUGGGGCAGAUACGGGAAACCACCAGGUAGGUAGGCAGACAGCAGGGUUUACGUUAGCCAGUAAUUGACUAUUGGCCGAUCCUGUCACACACCCUUUUCGCACUUUAGCACCAUUCUCUCACUCCUUGACACUUCCUUACGUGCAUGCACCUGCUGCUGAGGAGAGAGCGAGAGAGUAGCCUUGUCCUAGGCUAUUGUUGAUUGCUAUGAUGGAAGCCUUUUUCAUUGAAGUAAAAUUAAAGUUAGAGAGUAUGCCUAUAGUGAAAAGGUUACAAGGGGAAUGUCCUCUGUAUGGAAACGUUGUAAUAUUGUAGUGGACAAAGAUGAGAAGAACGUUGGCGCGAACAAAUGCAGGCUACUGUGCAACUCGCUAUUCAGGUAGGAUGCAAUUUUUGAACUUUAAUUAAUAAAAUAAUAUAUACAAAAUGUAAAACAUGUUUUAUCGUUAUAAUUAUUGUAUCUCAUUGUUAUUAUUGUACGCCUAUUUAUUAAUCUAAACCAGUUCUUUAAAUAUUCAAAACAUGUUUUGUUUCAUUCUGUUGAGACAUUAUCGUUUGCUAAAUUUAAAUUCAAUCUGUCUUUUUAAUUGUGUGCUCCGUAUUUCAUUUAAGAUACAGUUGAAGUCGGAAGUUUACAUACACUUAGGUUGGAGUCAUUAAAACUCGUUUUUCAACCACUCCACAAAUGUUUUGUUAACAAACUAUAGUUUUGGCAAGUCGGUUAGGACAUCUACUUUGUGCAUGACACAAGUCAUUUUUCCAACAAUUGUUCACAGACAGAUUAUGUCACUUAUAAUUCACUAUAUCACAAUUCCAGUGGGUCAGAAGUUGACUGUGCCUUUAAACAGCUUGGAAAAUAAAAUAAAAUGAUGUCAUGGCUAAUUGACAUCAUUUGAGUCAAUUGGAGGUGUACCUGUGGAUGUAUUUCAAGGCCUACCUUCAAACUCAAUGCCUCUUUGCUUGACAUCAUGGGAAAAUCAAAAGAAAUCAGCCAAAUAAAUUGUAGACCUCCACAAGUCUGGUUCAUCCUUGGAGCAAUUUCCAAACUCCUGAAGGUACCACGUUCAUCUGUACAAACAAUAGUACGCAAGUAUAAACACCAUGGGACCACGCAGCCGUCAUACCGCUCAGGAAGGAGACACGUUCUGUCUCCUAGAGAUGAACGUACUUUGGUGUGAAAAGUGCAAAUCAAUCCCAGAACAACAGCAAAGGACAUUGUGAAGAUGCUGGGGGAAACAGGUACAAAAGUAUCUAUAUCCACAGUAAAACAAGUCCUAUAUCGACAUAACCUGAAAGGCCAGUCAUCAAGGAAGAAGCCUCUGCUCCAAAACCGAUAUAAAAAAAGCCAGACUACGGUUUGCAACUGCACAUGGGGACAAAGAUCAUACUUUUUGGAAAAAUGUCCUCUGGUCUGAUGAAACAAAAAUAGAACUGUUUGGCCAUAAUGACCAUCGUUAUGUUUGGAGGAAAAAGGGGGGUCUUGCAAGCCAAAGAACACCAUCCCAACCGUGAAGCAUGGGGGUGGCAGCAUCAUGAUGUGGGGGUGCUUUGCUGCAGGAGGGACUGGUGCACUUCACAAAAUAGAUGGCAUCAUGAGGAAGCAAAAUUAUGUGGAUAUAUUGAAGCAACAUCUCAAGACAUUAGUCAGGAAGUUAAAGCUUGGUCUUCCAAAUGGACAAUGACCAAAAGCAUACUUCCAAAGUUGUGGCAAAAUGGCUUAAGGACAACAAAGUCAAGGUAUUGAAGUGGCCAUCACAAAGCCCUGACCUCAAUCCUAUAGAACAUUUGUGGGCAGAACUGAAAAAGCAUGUGCGAGCAAGGAGGCCUACAAACCUGACUCAGUUACACCAGCUCUGUCAGGAGGAAUGAGCCAAAAUUCACCCAAUUUAUUGUGGGAAGCUUGUGGAAGGCUACCCGAAACGUUUGACCCAAGUUAAACAAUUUAAAGGCAAUGCUACCAAAUACUAAUUGAGUGUAUGUAAACUUCUGACCCACUGGGAAUGUGAUGAAAGAAAUAAAAGCUGAAAGAAAUAAUUCUCUCUACUAUUAUUCGGACAUUUCACAUUCUUAAAAUAAAGUGGUGAUCCUAACUGACCUAAGACAGGGACUUCUUAAUAGGAUUAAAUGUCAGGAAUUGUGAAAAACUGAGUUUAAAUGUAUUUGGCUAAGGUGUAUGUAAACUUCCGACUUCAAUUGUAGGUUUUAGACCGGUUGUAAAGUUUUAAAAUGUCAGCCAUUUUCUUUGGCCAAAUUAAGUUUAAAACUGUAAUGUUGUGUUUGCCGCAAAAUAAUAUCCUGCUCGUUUUUUCCCUAAACAAUGGCUUGACUUGCUUUUGAUAUUACCCUAAUAAAGCUUAAAAACAAUUUGUGAAGGUUUGGUGUGGUGUGGCUAUUAGGCUUUUAUAUUGCAGGCCUACGAUAUGAAGACGGAGCGCACUGGCGCUCCAACUGACUCUGACAGUAAAAUUUGAGGUGAGGAAGAAUGUUUUAAGCAUACCAGAAAUACUGAUAUAAUUUAACAAUAUAAUACUUAUCAUUGUAAAAAACAUUCUGAUCGAAAAUGUAUACAUUUGCCUCCUUCUGUAUGCCAAUAUUUGUAUAGCAGACGCAGUAGUAUCUGACAAGGAUAAAGACAUGCAUGUUGGUGUCGUAACAUGACGCCGGCAUAUCUCUAUCUCUCUGGGGCUAGGCCUAAGCUUCUCUUCCUUAUAUAUAUAUAUAUAUAUAUAUAUAUACACACACACACACACAGUGAGGGAAAAAAGGAUUUGAUCCCCUGCUGAUUUUGUACGUUUGCCCACUGACAAAGAAAUGAUCAGUCUAUAAUUUUAAUGGUAGGUUUAUUUGAACAGUGAGAGACAGAAUAACAACAACAAAAAUCCAGAAAAACGCAUGUCAAAAAUGUUAUAAAUUGAUUUGCAUUUUAAUGAGGGAAAUAAGUAUUUGACCCCCUCUCAAUCAGAAAGAUUUCUGGCUCCCAGGUGACUUUUAUACAGGUAAUGAGCUGAGAUUAGGAGCACACUCUUAAAGGGAGUGCUCCUAAUCUCAGUUUGUUACCUGUAUAAAAGACACCUGUCCACAGAAGCAAUCAAUCAAUCAGAUUCCAAACUCUCCACCAUGGCCAAGACCAAAGAGCUCUCCAAGGAUGUCAGGGACAAGAUUGUAGACCUACACAAGACUGGAAUGGGCUACAAGACCAUCGCCAAGCAGCUUGGUGAGAAGGUGACAACAGUUGAUGUGAUUAUUCGCAAAUGGAAGAAACACAAAAUAACUGUCAAUCUCCCUCGGCCUGGGGCUCCAUGUAAGUUCUCACCUCGUGGAGUUGCAAUGAUCAUGAGAACGGUGAGGAAUCAGCCCAGAACUACAUGGGAGGAUCUUGUCAAUGAUCUCAAGGCAGCUGGGACCAUAGUCACCAAGAAAACAAUUGGUAACACACUACGCCGUGAAGGACUGAAAUCCAGCAGUGCCCGCAAGGUCCCCCUGCUCAAGAAAGCACAUAUACAGGGCCGUCUGAAGUUUGCCAAUGAACAUCUGAAUGAUUCAGAGGAGAACUGGGUGAAAGUGUUGUGGUCAGAUGAGACCAAAAUCCAGCUCUUUGUCAUUAACUCAACUCGCCGUGUUUGGAGGAGGAGAAAUGCUGCCUAUGACCCCAAGAACACCACCCCCACCGUCAAACAUGGAGGUGGAAACAUUAUGCUUUGGGGGUGUUUUUCUGCUAAGGGGACAGGACAACUUCACUGCAUCAAAGGGACGAUGGACGGGGCCAUGUACCGUCAAAUCUUGGGUGAGAACCUCCUUCCCUCAGCCAGGGCAUUGAAAAUGGGUUGUGGAUGGGUAUUCCAGCAUGACAAUGACCCAAAACACACGGCCAAGGCAACAAAGGAGUGGCUCAAGAAGAAGCACAUUAAGGUGCUGGAGUGGCCUAGCCAGUCUCCAGACCUUAAUCCCAUAGAAAAUCUGUGGAGGUUGCCAAACGUCAGCCUCAAAACCUAGGCUAUAAAGGCUAUAAAGUGUUUUUGUAAUAGGCUGUUUUCAAAGGAAAACUCCACCCAAAAACUCUCUUUCGGUAUUUGUUUCAUUAGUCCAUUGUUGAUAGUCCCAAAAUAUUUUGCAUGUCAGCAAUCAAGUUUAAGAUAUAUAACUUUCAAAAUACAUAAAUACAGCCGGUAUGACGCAUUUGGCAUCAUAUGAUGCUGUGUUUGGCAUGAAUCAUAUCGGCUAGCAUCAAAUGAUGCAAAAUACCCGAAGUAUUUCUGCAUUUUGGAAACUUGAUUGCUGACAUGCAAAACAAAUACCAAAAGAUCAUUUUGGGUGGAAUUUCUUCUUUAAAGACAUGUAAAUGUGGCUCAUUUGGCCAAUAAAAUAUUCCCGGUCACUUGUCCGGUGCCAGAAAACCCUUGCACACAGGCUAACCCCUGAAACCCUGGCAGACAGACUAUACAAACGGCCAGCACAGCAAUACUCAACUCAGGGAUGUGAUUGGCAUAAUAUUUUGUUUGUUAUAAAGGGGAUAGAAGAAAUACAAGGUACAGUUUUUUCUCUGAUAAAUCUACACUGAACAAAAAUAUAAAACGCAACAUGCAACAAUUUCAAAGAUUUUACUGAGUUACAGUUCAUAUAAGGAAAUCAGUCAAUUUAAAUAAAUUCAUUAGGCCCUAAUCUAUGGAUUUUACAUGACUGGGAAUACAGAUAUGCAUCUGUUGGUCACAGAUACCUUGCAAAAAGGUAGGGGCUUGGAUCAGAAAACCAGUCAGUAUCUAGUGUGAACACCAUUUGCCUCAUGCACUCCUCUUCAAUGGCUGUGCAAAGUUAAUACAUGUCGAUCCAGAGCAUCCCAAACAUGCUCAAUGGGUGAUUAUGUCUGAUGAGUAUGCAGGCCAUGGAAGAACUGGGACAUUUUCAGCUUCCUGGAAUUGUGUACAGAUCCUUGCAACAUGGGGCCGUGCAUUAUCAUGCUGAAACAUAAGGUGAUGGCGGCGGAUGAAAAAAAAAAAUGGCACGACAAUGGGCCUCAGGAUCUCGUCACGGUAUCUCUGUGCAUUCAAAGUGUCAUCGAUAAAAUGCAAUUGUGUUCACUGUCUGUAGCUUAUGCCUGCCCAUACCAUAACCCCACCACCACCAUGAGGCACUCUGUUGACAACGUUGACAUCAGCAAACCGGUCGCCCACACUGCCAUCUGCCUGGUACAGUUGAAACUGGGAUUCAUGCAUGAAGAGCACACUUUUCCAGCGUGCCAGUGGCCAUCGAAGCUGAGCAUUUGCACACUGAAGUCGGUUACGACGCCGAAUUGCAGUCAGGUCAAGACCCUGGGGAGGACGACGAGCACGCAGAUUAGUUUCCCUGCGACAAAAUUCUUCGGUUGUGCAAACCCAGUUUCAUUAGCUGCCCAGGUGGCUGGUCUCAGACAAUCCCGCAGGUGAAGAAGCUGGAUGUUGAGGUCCUGGGCUGGCCUGUUUAUACGUCGUCUGCGGUUGAGGCCGGUUGGACGUACUGCCAAAUUCUCUAAAACAACGUUGGAGUCAGCUUAUGGUAGAGAAAUUAACAUUCGAUUCUCUAGCAACAGCUCUGGUGGACAUUCCUGCAGUCAGCAUGCCAAUUGCAUGCUCCCUCAAAACUUGAGACAUCUGUGGCAUUGUGUUGUGUGACAAAACUGCACAGUUUAGAGUGGCCUUUUAUUGUCCCCAGCACAAGGUGCACCUGUGUAAUGAUCAUUCUGUUAAAUCAGCUACUUGAUAUGCCACACCUGCCAGGUGGAUGGAUUAUCUUGGUAAAGCAGAAAUGCUCACUAACUGGGAUGUAAACAAAUUUGCGCACAAAAUUUGAGAGAAUUAAUUUUUUUGUGUAUAUGGAACAUUUCUGGGAUAUUUUAUUUCAGCUCAUGAAACAUGGGACCAACACUUUACAUGUUGGUUUAUAUUUUUGUUCAGUAUAAAACACCACUAAAUGGAAUGAAGUCCUCAUGUUUCUUAAAAAUAACUACCACUGGACCAAAAUACCCCUCUCCGGCCUGCCCUGCCCCAAAGAACCCCCUCCUUGCUGCUCUUCCCAGUAAUACCCCUCUCCCCAAACUAGAAUCCCACUCUCUCUCCCCGGGUGGCUGUGUGUAUGCUGUUCCUAUACCUGCAGGAAUGGAAUAAAGUCCUCUUGUUCCAGGUAAUUACAGCCAGGUUUGGCCAAGAGGUGCACAAACUUAGACACGUCGUCGUGACAGGUCUGCAGCAUUCUGGGAAGGAAAGAGGGAACAUAUGGUUUCAGGGUUUUCCAGGGUCUCGCUCUCUCCCUCUUUUUCUCUCCAUCAGAGAACACUUCAGAGCGAGUCUGAAAUGAUUCACCUCUGAAGUGGCAGUGCGGGUUAAUACAUUCUGAAAUUAGGAUUCUGAAUUGACGCUGGGUCAUUCUCAGCUCAGAGUGUUACAGCAGUGACGAUGACAUAAUGGAACAUUCUGUUUUGAACCCCCUCAGAGCCAUGAGGUAAUGUCAGAGGCCAUUCCACUUCAAUUCUCUAGAGGCUCACACAUGAUUAAAACAGUACGCUUACAACACACAACCAAGAGCACAGUCCAGUAGAGUACAGUACAUCUUACUUUAUCCAAGAGAAACACAGACAGUGCGUUUGUAAAGUAUUCAGACCCAUUGACUUUUUCCACAUUUUGUUACGUUACAGCCUUAUUCUAAAAUGGAUUAUAUAAAAAAUCCUGAGCAAUCUACACACAAUACCCCAUAAUGACAAAGCGAAAACAGGUUUGAAAUUUUUGCAAAUGUAUUAAAACAUAAAAAAACAGAAAUACCUUAUUUACAUAAGUAUUCAGAACCAGGUGCAUCCUGUUUCCAUUGAUCAUCCUUGAGAUGAUGUUUCUACAACUUGAUUUGAGUCCACCUGUGGUAAAUUCAAUUGAUUGGACAUGAUUUGGAAAUGGAAACACCUGUAUAUAUAAGGUUCCACAGUUGACUGUGCAUGUCAGAGCAAAAACCAAGCCAUGAGGUCGAAGGAAUUGUCUGUAGAGCUCCGAGACAGGAUUGUGUCGAGGCACAGAUCUGGGGAAGGGUACCAAAACAUUUCUGCAGCAUUGAAGGUCCCCAAGAACACAGUGGCCCCCAUCAUUCUUAAAUGGAAGAAGUUUGGAACUACCAAGACUCUUUGUAGAGCUGACUGGCCGCCUGGCCAAACUAAGCAAUCGAGGGAGAAGGGCCUUGGUCAGGGAGGUGACCAAGAACCUGAUGGUCACUCUGACAGAACCUUCCAGAAGGACAACCAGCUCUGCAGCAUUCCACCAAUCAGGCCUUUAUAGUAGAGUGGCCAGACGGAAGCCACUCCUCAGUAAAAGGCUCAUGACAGCCCGCUUCGCUUGGAGUUUGCAAAAAGGCACCUAAAUACUCUCAGACCACGAGAAACAAGAUUAUCUUUGGCCUGAAUGCAAAGCGUCACGUCUGGAGGAAACCUGGCACCAUGCCUACGGUGAAGCACGGUGGCAGCAUCAUGCUGUGGGGAUGUUUUUCAGCGGCAGAGACUGGGAUACUAGUCAGGAUCAAGGCAAAGAUGAACGGAGCAAGUACAGAGAGAUCCUUGAUGAAAUCCUACUCCAGAGCGCUCAGUACCUCAGACUAGGGCGAAGGUUCACCUUCCAACAGGACAACGACCCUAAGCACACAGCCAAGACAAAGCAGGAUUGGCUUCAGGACAAGUCUGUGAAUGUCCUUGAGUGGCCCAGCCAGAGCCCGGACUUGAACCCGAUCUAAUAUCUCUGGAGAGACCUGAAAAUAGCUGUGCAGCAACGCUCCCCAUCCAACCUGACAGAGCUUGAGAGGAUCUGCAGAGAAGAAUGGGAGAAACUCCCCAAAUACAGGUGUGCUAAGCUUGUACCGUCAUACCCAAGAAGACUCAAGGCUGUAAUCUCUGCCAAAGGUGCUUCAACAAAGUACUGAGUAAAGGGUCUGAAUCCAUUUUUAUUUUUAAUAAAUUAGCAAACAUUUCUAAAAACCUGUUUUUGUGUAUAGAUUGAUGAGGGAAAAAAACAAUUUAAUCAAUUUUAGAAUAAGGCUGUAACCUAACAAAAUGAGGAAAAAGUCAAGGGGUCUGAAUACUUUCCUAAGGCACUCCUACAGUUUGUUUUUCAACUGUUUUUUUUUAUUAUUUGCUAUGAAAAAAUAGGACAAAACAUUAUAGGAAGACAAGUUACUGUGUACUCUUUGCCCAAGCUUUGGCCAUCACAUGUGGCUAUUGGUAGUUGUUUACAAGAGACUAUGGGACUAUGGGUUGUGAGAGUAGCUCUAUGGGGCGGCUGGCAGGGUACAAGAAGAACCAUUGUCUUACUUUCUCCACAUGGCCACAAACUUGUGAACGGACACGAAGCCCGUCCUGUCGCCUCCAGCCGAAUUGAACAAUGGAGCUUUCCAGUAGAGCGGACACUCGCACGCCUGGGGAGAGAGAUAAGGGGCGGGAGGGAGGGAGAAAUAAGAAGUGAUUUAGACAAGUGUCCUCUUCUGUGCAGUUGAAUAUGUCAGUUCACUUAACUAUCCUUGACAGCUCACACGUAAUAGAAGUGUGUCAAACUAAAUAUGGUCCGGCUACACACCCUUAAGUGUUCAACAUUAUCCUCCAUCAGGGUGAGCUAAAUAUUUUCUUCUUUUUUUACAGUGCUUUUUGUUUGAUUUUCUCUAUCCACCUAACUGCUGUCAGUCAUUCUGCUCUGAUACCAACUAAAACGCUUAAUCCAGUCCAGUCAUCAAAAUGUGACACAGCGAUUCCCUAGGCUGUGAGUGACACAGCAGGGAUUCAAGUUGGGCUGCCUGGGAUGACUGGCUUUGACCUGAAGAGGAUUCGAUUUUGGAUCGAAAUGUCAAUAAAGUGCCCAUCUCCCACGGGUAAUAGUGGUGUUUCCCUCAAAGACCUCCCUGAGGUAACCUGGCUGACAUUUCUUUCUCAACUCAGGUUCCCCCGCAGGUCAGCGGUCACAUACCUCAGGGGGGCAGAGAUAAUAUUUUCAUGGGUUAAGAGAGAGAAAAACAACAUCUGAGCUGCAAACCUUCGCUAAAGCCAGGGGCUAAUUGCGCUAAUGAAAACAAUUUGCUGGGUGGCUGUGGAGCCUCGGCGCUACAAAUCACCUUCUCACCUUGGCAACCUGCCCCAUGUCCUCAAUGGUGGCCCUUUCAUUGGGGAAUUGGGAAAAUAUUUUCUCGAUCUUGGCAAUGAGGCCGUCGAUGUUGAGGUUGGCUUUGGGCCGCCCCCUUGGAAAGUAGAACUUUGGAAUGCUUUCACUCAGCGCCGUGGGAACAGGCGCCUCGCUCUUCACCUGGGCCUGAGGAGAAACAGACAGGACAAAAAUACAUACUGUUAGCCGCUGAUGCUAACAAAGGCUAACACUUAGGACCCACUGACACUAGCGCCUGCUAAAUUAAGCAAAGGCUACCUAGUCCUAAUAAAUAGUCAUCCACAAUCUGCCCCGCCUCCAUCUGCCCUAUUAGGGAAACGACUCCCCCUCCCUCACAUCAACCAAUUAACUAAUGGCUUUCAGUAAAGAUGUGUCAAGUGAUGUUGGAAUGUUCAAAACACACCAUUUACACUAAGAGUCAUUCUGGCAGGCGCCAACCACCAGGAUAGACUUCUACAUCGAAAAAGCAACAGAUGAAUGGAGUUACUUAUCUGAAUGAAAGCAGUGAAAAAUGUAUGCUACGAUCCAAGAAUAAUUGACAGCAGUGAUUCAUGUUUGUUUCAAAUGCCACUGCAAAGCUGUAAAAUACAGCCUAGUACAUGACCUGAGAUCAACAUACAGACUGGUAAGUGAAAACGCUCCAGAGAUGGUUGAUCCAAUGAAUCAUCUCCAGACAAGAGAGGUACAGUGCCUUCAGAAAGUAGUCACACACCUUGACUUUUUCAAAAUGUUAUGUUACAGCCUAAAUUUAGAUUUUGUGUCACUGGCCUACACAAAAUACCCCAUAAUGUCAAAGUGGAAUUAUGUUUUGACAGAUUUUGGCAAAUUAAUAUGUAUUGAACCCCUUUCUUAUGGCAAGCCUAAAUAAGUUCAGGAGUAAAAAUUUGCUUAACAAGUCACAUAAUAAUUUGCAUGGACUCACUGUGUGCAAUAAGUGUUUCACAUGAUUUUUAAAUGACUACCCCAUCUCUAAGGUCCUGUAGUCGAGCAGUGAAUUUCAAACACAGAUUCAACCACAAAGACCAGGGAGGUUUUCUAGUGCCUCGCAAAGAAGUAAAAAGAAAAAGAAAAAAGCAGACAUUGAAUAUCCCUUUAACCAUGGUGAAGAUAUUAAUUACACUUUGGAUGGUGUAUAUAUACACCCAGUCACUACAAAUUUACAGGCGUCCUUCCUAAUUCAGUUGACGGAGAGGAAGGAAACUGCUCACGGGAUUUCACCAUGAUGACAAUAGUGACAUUAAAACAGUUACAGUUGAAUGGCUGUGAUAGGAGAAAACUGAGGAUGGCUCAACAACACUGUAGUUACUCCACAAUACUAACCUAAAUGACAGAGUGAAUAGAAGGAAGCCUGUACAGAAUAAAAAUGCAUCCUGUUUGCAAUAAGGCACUAAAGUAAAACUGCAAAAAAAAUGUGGCAAAGAACUGAAUGCUAUGUCCUGAAUACAAAGGGUUAUGUUUGGGGCAAAUCCAACACAACAAACACAUCACUGAGUACCACUCUUCAUAUUUUCAAGCAUAGUGGUAGCUGCAUCAUUUCAUGUGUAUGCUUGUCAUGGGCAAGGACUAGGGAGUUAAGAAUAAAAAUAAUCGGAAUACAGCCAAGCACAGGCAAAAUCCUAGAGGAAAACCUGGUUCAGUUAGCUUUCCAAAAGACACUGGGAGAUGGCUCAACAACACUGUAUCCCAGCCAACACUUCAUCCCAGCCUAUGCCAACCUCCAGUCCCUCGACUUCCUGGCGCUGACGGAAACAUGGAUCACCACUGAAAACACUGCUACUCCUACUGCUCUCUCCUCGUCUGACCAUGUGUUCUCGCAUACCCCGAGAGCAUCUGGUCAGAGGGGUGGUGGUACAGGAAUCCUCAUCUCUCCCAAGUGGACAUUCUCAAUUUUUCCCCUAACCCAUCUGUCUAUCUCCUCAUUUGAAUUCCAUGCUGUCACAGUCACUAGCCCAUUUAAGCUUAAUAUCCUUGUCAUCUAUCGCCCUCCAGGUUCCCUUGGAGAGUUCAUCAAUGAGCUUGACGCCUUGAUAAGUUCCUUCCCUGAGGAUGGCUCACCCCUCACAGUUUUGGGGGAUUUCAACCUCCCUAUGUCCACAUUUGACUCAUUUCUCUCUGCCUCCUUCUUUCCACUCCUCUCCUCUUUUGACCUCACCCUCUCACCGUCCCCCCCUACUCACAAGGCAGGCAAUACGCUUGACCUCAUCUUCACUAGAUGCUGCUCCUCUACUAAUCUCACUGCAACUCCCCUCCAUGUCUCCGACCACUACUUUGUUUCCUUUUCUCUCUCGCUCUCCUCCCACACUACUCACUCUGCCCCUACACAGAUGGUAAUGCGCCGCCGCAACCUUCGCUCUCUCUCUCCCACUACUCUCUCCUCUUCCAUCCUAUCAUCUCUUCCCUCUGCUCAAUCCUUCUCCCUCCAAUCUCCUGAUUCUGCCUCCUCAACCCUCCUCUCCUCCCUUUCUGCAUCCUUUGACUCUCUGUGUCCCCUAUCCUCCCGGCCGGCUCGGUCCUCCCCUCCAGCUCCGUGGCUUGAUGACUCAUUGCGAGCUCACAGAACAGAGCUCCGGGCAGCGGAGCGGAAAUGGAAGAAAACUAAACUCCCUGCCGACCUGGCAGCUUUUCACUCCCUCCUCUCUACAUUUUCUUCAUCUGUUUCUGCUGCUAAGGCCACCUUCUACCACUCUAAAUUCCAAGCAUCUGCCUCUAACCCUAGGAAGCUCUUUGCCACAUUUUCCUCCCUCCUGAAUCCUCCCCCCCCCCCCCCCCCCCCUCCUCUCUCUCUGUGGAUGACUUCGUCAACCACUUUGAAAAGAAGGUUGACGACAUCCGAUCCUCGUUUGUUAAGUCUAAUGACACUGCUGGUCCUGCUCACACUGCCCUACCCUAUGCUUUGACUUCUUUCUCCCCUCUCUCUCCAGAUAAAAUCCUGCGACUUGUGACUGCAGGCCGCCCAACAACCUGCCCGCUUGACCCCAUCCCCUCCUCCCUUCUCCAGACCAUCUCCGGUGACCUUCUCCCCUACCUCACCUCGCUGAUCAACUCAUCCUUGACC